AUGCGAAACAACAAGGCAGACAACACCCAACGGCAAAAACUCGGCCUGGAGAGAAAGAGACAGCGGCGGCGACGCGUCUGGGGGCUUACACUUGUGGUCGAAAUUCUAGCAGCCAUAAGAAGAAAGAUUGCUCAAAAAAAGUUAGCCAACAAGUCCGACAAGUUUAAGGCUUAA